UUCGAGGUGCCGUCCGUUCAUUCAGACGCAACAUUCUUUUGAAAACUCGCAACCGCAACAGACGCGAAACCUCGCGCUCGCGGCCACCGGAAUACUACGGUCUGCCGCAGUUUCAAAACCAAAACGCCUCGGCAAAAAGGAAACAUAACGUUCCGUUUCAACGUCCGCUAUCGUGUGCAUAAACGCAAAGUACGUGCAGAAGUAGAGCGCAUUUUUGUGUGAGUGUUUGAUGAAGUGUAUUUUUGGAGCAGUUUCUACGGUGAAAGAUCAUUCAGUAGUGUGUCUCUGGGAAUAGGUAAAAGUGGUGAAGCAAUACAUUUGCUGGAACAAAAGCAGGAAGCCGCAUCGAGUAGAGUGUGGUGGGAUAAGCCGUGCGGGCUCGUCUAGACCUUGGCCGCCGGAAUCGGCUGCAAUCAUUGCGAAGGUUCAUACCAAACAUAACCGACCGUGACCGUGGGACGCGCGUGAGCACAAAAGUGCCAGAAGUGUGUUGCCGCGUGUCUGCAGCAGUGCAGCGAACAAGUGCAUCCAAACUGCACGGUGAGUGCAUCGUUUGCGUGUGUUGUGUUUUUGCCAGUGUGUGCAGCAGCAGCAGCAGCAGAAGAAAGCGGUGUGCAUUAACAGCGCACUUGGGAAGGUGGUAAAAGUAGAGCACCCUUCAAUCGUUCGCAUUUAUUAACAACACUUGGCGGUGGCAGUGUGUACGUGGAAAGUGUGGUGCAAAAACGGGGGAAGCAAUAAUCAAUAAAAGUAUUGCUCCGAAGAAGCGAAGAUCAAGCAGAAGUGAAUAAAAUAAAGAAAAAUAAGGUGAAGCAAAGAAUCCCUUCGAACCGAGCAAAGUGUGUGUGCAUUUUUGUGCAAAACCGCAAUUACAACAAGUGGAUCAGCGAAGCAAAAAACGGAAACUAAAACAGAAGUGUCCUCAUCGUGUGAAAGCAAACCAAACAAAGCAAGUGCAUCUUACGUUGCAUUGCAAGAAAUACAAACCUCAGUUCGAAAAAGUGAAUCAGAAAAAGGUGAAACAAACAGCAGCAGUAACAACAAAACGACCAUUUUUAUCAGCACCCAACGGAAGUGCUGCUGUUCAUCGGUUCGACGAAAAGAAUGCACUAAAACUAGGCUCGAGCGAAAUUAUUAUGAUGGUGGCGGACUUUGUAACACGCCAGCAGAACGGUUCGCCGCUGAACGGUGAAAUACCCGGCCAAAAUCACAACUCCAAUUCCAAUAUGCCUGCCCACAGUGCCUUACUGAUGAGCAACAACAGCAGCAACAGCAACAGCUCCGGCCGUGCCAGCCCGCACACCUCCUCGGAGUCUGAGUUCCCGCAGAAUGGCUACGAGCUGGCGGCACACCUGAAGCGCAAGGAGCUGUUCUCGCAGCGCAAGCAGCGCGAAUUCAUCCCGGACAACAAGAAGGACGACAGCUACUGGGACCGGCGGCGACGCAACAAUGAGGCGGCGAAGCGAUCUCGCGAGAAGCGCCGCUUCAACGACAUGGUGCUGGAGCAGCGUGUCGUCGAGCUGACUAAAGAGAACCACGUACUGAAGGCACAGCUGGACGCGAUCAAGAGCAAGUACAACAUCUGCGGCGAGAAUUUGGUCAGCGUCGAUCAGAUAAUGGCCACGUUGCCCACGAACGAGCAAGUGCUCAGCUCGACCAAACGCGUCAAGCUGUCGAACGGUGGCAGUCAGGGACGGUCGAGCUCGCCGACUGGUUCCACGAUCGGAUUCCCCCUCUCGCGCAGUCCCUCGCGACAACCUCAGGCUACCUCUCCCUCGCAAUCGCACGGACGUGCCUCAUCCCCGCACAGUCCGCCAGCUAGUAAUGGAACGCCGCAUCUUCAGCAGUCGCUGUUGGCGGUUGUCCAGAACGGUCCUACCACGACGACAUCUCCCGGAGCCUCGUCACUUCCAUCGUCCCAGCAGGCACCGGUGAUUCACCCGAACCCGAACGUGGAAUCUCCACCGCCUGCAGCGUCCGGUUCUUUGCCCACUGUAUCUUCCGGUGGAGCUAUCCAGCACACGAACGGAGGACCAGCCUAUCUGUCACCAGUCCACGCCAUCUACCGGAACGGUGCAAUCAUCGAGUACGAGCGGGGCACGGAGGCUGGCAGCAAGUUGUCGGUGCUGGAAGGUGGUAACAGUCGCAGUCCUUCCCAGAUUCGACUGGAGCUGAUCGAACGCAACCUGGACGAUCAUCACCAUCUUCAGCAACAGUUGGCACAGCAACAGCAGCAGCAGCAACACCAUCAUCAGUUGGCAUCUUCGUCCCAGCACCAUCACCACUACAGCCAUCAUUCGCGGGAAGUGAUUCGGGAGUCGGUGAUCGAUCACCAUCACCCCGCCCACCAUCACCACCCUCAACACCACCAUCAGCCUCAGCAUCAACCGCAUCCACAUCAGCAACAUCUCCAGCAGCAGCAGCAGCAGCAGCAGCAACAGCAGCAGCAACAUCCUCACCAUCUCCAUCAGCGAGUGUUGCUGUCGAACGGUGACCUGGAUCGGGACGAGCGUUCCCCCUCGCCCACGUUGACACCUUCGGCCGCGCCCCGGUUCGGCUCUCCCACCACCACUACAACCUCCUCUUCCGCCCCGAUCUCAUCCACGUCUCCACCGACGAUCAUCUCCAGCACGAGUCCGGCAGGAUCGCCACCGGCCCAUGUCCCGAUUGCGGCUCAUGCACACUCGCAUCCCUACCCGCUCCACCAUCACCACCACCACCCGCACCAUAUAUCCGCACACCAUGCCCACCCGCCACACUUUGUCGUGGGUGCAAGCUCUCCCUACGCGAGUUCAGCGCUUCCCGCCAGUGGAUAUCCGCUGACGGCUGCAGCUGCCGCAGUCGCGGCCUAUGCUAGUGGAGCCGGUGCUCUGUACGCGUCCCCACCCCGGCCUGAAAUCACGAGCGCAUUGCUGACCGCAAACGUACUCAAUCUGAGCCGACGAGCACCGUCUCCGUACGACUCGAGCCCACCACAAACGGCCUCUUCGACAGCUAGUGCUGGUAGCACGUCAGGCGGUGAAGAAGAACCAGAGCGCGAACGGGAGCUUCACGAACAUGCGAACAGUCUCCCGGUGAAGUUGCGUCACAAGUCACACCUCGGGGAUAAGGAUGCGGCCACCGCUCUGCUAGCGCUACAGAACAUCAAACAGGAACCGAUCGGUCAUCGGUCGAGUUCACCGGCCUGGGACGAUGGUGACGGGUCGUCGGACGAGCGCGACUCGGGCAUCUCGACGAACGAGUGGCCCACGAAAGCGGAGCAGAAGAUGAUGGUACCGCUGCCGGGAUCUCCCCCUUCGGCCAGUGCCUCCAGCGGUAGUGCGUCGUCCGGCGGUGCGAUCGUCACUACGGCGGCCAUGGCAGCGGCAGCGGCAGCAGUAGCGGCGGCAGCCGCAGGCAAGAUCACCUCCAUCCCGGCGUCGGUUGUGAUCAGCAAAAAGGCGGAAGAAAACAUCCACCUGCAGUCGAAGCUGGCCCGGCUCGAGUCCGAGGUGGCCACCAUCAAGAACAUGAUGAUCUCGAACACGACCGGCAGUGGGUUCGGUGUGACGGCCGCCGCUCAGUAGCGCGCAUCGCCACCAGACCUAGGGCGAGUGCUUCGCGAGCGACCCCGACGACGACGACGACUCCACCGAUGAUGACUGAGAACUGACCGAGUACGGGAGGUCAUCGAUGCGAGUGUGAUCUAGUUCCUGUAUAGUAGUGCGACGAACGAAGCUGUCGUCGGCAAGGUAAUAGCCAUCCACAAGGCGUCCCAUUCCCAGCGCGCUGCUCCAGGUGUUGAGUGGAGCUUGAGGUUCUCUCGCACGCGCCCGCAGCGAACGAGGUGCAGAAAGAAGCAAGCAAGAAGCGGCCCCAUUUAUGUUAGUGGGUUAGUUGAUCGGUUGGAAUGUUUCUCGGCCGAUCGUAUCGUGGUGAUGGCGGCGUGAUGGAGAAAGUUACGACAAUCUGUACGCGCUCGCGCCAAAGAGAAAGGCGAAGCAAAGCAACUAACCGGCUCGACGGCCAGCGCCCGAGGAGAUCCAAGGAGAAAGCUGGUAGCUGGUGCGUCGUGCCUUGCGUGGAGUCCGGCACCGAUUCGUGUGAGGUUGCGUUUUUGCUGGCCCGCUUCUCUCGGCUUUACGCAUCAUUGCCGUUCGUUGCGGUGGCGACUGUGUGUGCGCGCUGUGGAUAUAUUUAUUUGGAAGUAGUACGUAGGCAACGCGAUGAAAUGUGAAUCAAAAUCAAAAACAGACAGGGCAGGUGGAGGACUGUUGUACAGAAGAAGAAGAAGAAGGGAAAAACACAGGGUGUAUAACACUAUAAAGCAGAACUGUAAAUGUGAAAACCGAACUACAUCAAUCAUAUUUAUAUCCAUGGUAAGCUAUAUAAGGAAGAAGAAACACUGUAUAGACCGAUAGAAAGAGAGAAAAGAAACUAUAUAUCAAACAGGAAAUAUAAAGUGUAUUUUAAAUGCUAGUGUAUUACAAGGAAAGGAGAAGCUGUGUAUGAAAAAAAGUAAAAAAACUGAUAAAACAUAAAGAAGAAAAGAAACACUCAGUCCACGUAAGAUAUAAGUGCAUACGAUAUGCUGAUGCAGAUGGUUCUACAAGGGAAAACACAGUGUAAGUGUAGCAGAGAUACGAUGAUGUUCUAUUACGUUUCGUUGUCUUCAAAGAAGAUGAUCCUAUCGUGCAUAAACUGCAAACUGUAUAAAGAAGGAGGAGAUUUAAUGGUAAAAGUGUAAGUCCACUUAUCAUACACACACACAUGAAGUAACAAGUUUUAAUUUUGUUAAAAUAGCAACAAAACUCAGCAAAAGGAACAGAAAGGAAAACAAGCUAAGUGGAGAGAACAAACUAACAAACAAAAAAUUGAACCGGAGGAGCAAACUUUUUCGGAAAUGUGAUAUCGUAGGUUUGGAACUAUUUUUACACACUCAUAUGCACACACACACUUAUAUAAAACACAAACAUACAGAGAGUAAGAUUUAAAGAAAGUACACCCGCCAAGGUAUUUGAAAAGAGAGAGAGAGAGAGAGAGAGAGAAAGGCAGCUCGAUUUCACCGUUUUUGGUUGAAACCGACGCGUUGUGCGGAGUUGUUUCGUAUUUUUAUGUGCUUUUAUUAUCACUAUGUUUAACAUAAUUAUUAUUACUAUUAUCAUUAUCAUCAUUACUCCCAAUGACACUUUUUUCUUUUCUACCUUUUUGUGCUUUUUUGUCUCUUCCUUUUCUUUCUGUACUUUCUUUUACCAACUUCUGGUGAUAUAUGAUGUAUGUGUAUGUGUUAGCGUUACGUUUCGUUUGGUUUUUACAUUUACUAUUUGCUAGAGGUUUUUUUCCUUCUUGUUUCUAUAAAUAUAUAUAUUUUUUACUAUUAAAAGCUAGCAGCGUACCUUCGAGAAGGGGUUUUUGCUAUGAUUAUGACUAUGAUCACCACACAGUAAAACAGCUAUUAAUUUGAUUAAUAUGUUUUUCGAUGGAAGAAAAAAGUUUCACCACGUGAACGCUAGUAUGUCAUUUGAGUUAACUGGUUAACAGUUAAAGCUGGUACGUGCGACUAUUACUCUUGGCAGUAAGUUUAUCCUUCUGUUUUUUUGUUUGGUUAGAUUAUGUGCAGUUUUUUUAUUAUUAUUACAUAUACGUACCUUUGUAAGAGCUUAUUAUUAUGGAGCAGAGAUUGUGGAGACAGGAAAGCCGAUGUUCAUGUUUUAGCAUGUACGCUCCAAUAUUAUAUAACCCUUCCAAAUGAACGGGCGAAGACUACGAGAAGAAUUGUUCUUUCUUUUAUUUAUUUUAUUUUUAUACAAAAACGGAACGAAAAAUCUAAUCAAUAAAAAGAAUGAUGAUGAAAAACAAACAAAACAAUCAACUGAGAAUAUAAGAUGGGAGAAAACAUUUGGUAGAGAAAAGGCAAAGAAAUCGAAUUGAAUGAGAACUGAAAACAGUAAAAUUUUUGUAAUUUGAGGGUAAAAUAUUAUCAAUAAUUUGUUUGCCACUCUGUGGUCAAAUUGAAGUUUUAGUAGUAUUUCCACGUUCUACAUCAGAUACAUUCUGUUAUCUCCUUAUUUUGCUAUCUUUUUUGAUAAUUUUCUUAACAAAAAUAUUAUUACUUUCAUUUGAAAGUGUAUCAAUCCGUUGUGCAUUUUUUCCACCUAUCAGUAAUUGUAACUUCUUUUAAAAAUUGGUUAGUUUUGUUUGUGAAAACAACUGAUGCGGGCCACAUUAUUCCUGAUCACUUGAAAGACUCCUUCACUCAAGCCUACUUCAAUCUCUCCUGGAUGAACGCUGAUGAACAGAACAGUAUCACAAAACACGAAAUAAAAGCUUUCGAACAAAUCAACUUCAGCUGAAGUCGGAGCGGUGAAAACAAAUUUGCAAAAGGUGAUCGCGGUAGCAGAAGAAGUCCUCGUUUAGUUCUUUUUGACUAUACAUUUACACCUAUCAGGAAGAAGAGAGAGAGAGAGAGAGAGAGAGAGAGAGAGAAAGAACAGCAGCUAUUAUAAUACAAUUGUACUGGUUGGCGUACCAAUACUUCUUACAUUACGAAUGUUUACUGUAUAAUUUGUAUCAAAUUUACGUAUGAAAUACACUCACUUUUCCUAAAUAUUA